GUGCGUAGUAUCAGAGAUUUCUGGUAGUAUCUACGGAAUAGUCCUAUGGAGUGGACUACAUAAAGUAAUUAUAUCGAAAUUGAUCUAUGUAAUUAAUGUCAUUUUAUUGUUGAGAUAAAUUAUAUAAAAUAAAUAAUUAGUAUUCUUGAUAAAAAAUUCAUUGAAUAAUAAGUAAAUCUUUUUGGUUAUAUACACCUCAUUUAUUUAUACAUAAGUUUAUUCAUAGAUAUUUCAUAAAUUUAUUUAUUUAAAUAGUUGUGAACAUCAUUUGUUUAUAAAAGAAUUUCCACGUCUAUAUGAACAUGCAAUAUAAAUGUUUUGUUGAAGAAUAAUUCAAUUGGCUUUUUGAGGUUGUUGCUGUGAAUGAUGGAAUGUAUAUAUGUUACAGUACUAAAUUGGUUGUAAAAUAUUCUAUGCAUAAAGAUUCAAUAGAUGAAACAAGGAUAUUCCUUAAUAAUCAGUUUCUCAAUAAUUAUGAGUUAGCUAUGACAUUUCAGUAGCAGAAAAAAUUCAUUAGAUUGAACAAGUAUAUAACAGAACCUGCUAUGGUUAUAGCCAGUCGAGGAUUCAUGCAAAAUGACUUGGAUUCUAUUCCAGGAAAAAAUAUGUCUGCAAUAGGAAUAUUAAGUUGUCAUGAUAAUUCUUAUCCAUUCCAAGAGAGGACUUUACCUUUAGGACAACCAAUAAAAGUUGGUCGCUCAGUUGCUAGAGCUAGGGCUGCUAUAGAUAAUGCUAUAUUUGAUUGUAAAGUUUUAUCUAGAAAUCAUGCUUUAUUGUGGUAUGAUUGUGGUAAAUUUUACUUAAAAGACACCAAGAGCAGUAAUGGUACAUUUGUAAAUAGUAAACGUUUGAGUCCUUCUGGAGUAGAAUCUACAGCUUGUGAAGUAUGUUCUGGAGAUAUCGUACAAUUCGGUGUUGAUGUAGUUGAAAGUACAAAAAAAGUAACACAUGGAUGUAUAAUAGCUACAUUAAAACUUUACUUACCUGAUGGGAAGGAAGCUAAAGCUACUAUUUCUCAUUCAGUUGCUUAUGUGAAUGUAACAUUACAAGAUUUAUACAAAUUAAAUCAAUUUAUUCAAGAAGCUGGUCGUAGGGAAAAUGCUUUACGUUCAAAGCUUGAAUAUAUGCAACAAUUAUUAGAACAUACUAAACUUGCUGCUAAUCAAUCUUGGAAAGCUUUGAUUUUAGAAGAUUGCCUUCUUUCAAGAUUAGAAAUGCUGGAAAGUCAAGUGUCUACUUAUUCUAAAAGCUUUGGAGAAGAUAAACUAAAAAUUGAAUUAGCUACCUUAUUGGAAGAUAAAAUACAAUACCAGAAGGCAACCAAAGAACUACUACAAAAGAAAGUACAAGAAAAACGAGAACUUAUUGGUAAAGUUCAAAUUUUGAGAUGUUUGCUAAGUGAAACUGAAGAGGAAACACAAAGUUUACAUAAUGUGAUAAAAAACAAUCAGAAUGAAUUGCAAGAAUUAGCAAUAAAAUAUAUAAAAGCCCAGCAAACAUUAGAUGAAACAACUGAUAAAUUGAAUAAAACUAAAAGUAAGUUGAAAGAUGUAAUUCAACAGUCAGAAAAAGAUAAAGAAAAGUUUUCAGAACAAUUUGAAGAAAAAAGAAGUAUAGAAAAAAGUUUGCAUCAACAUUUAGAAAAUGCCACAGUUGUUAUAAUUCAUACAUACAAUCAGAUUCAUGCAUUAAAAAAUUAUAUGCAAACUUUGCAAGAUAUCAACUUUCUAUCAAAAAAUAUUUGCAUUCUCCAAGACCAUGUUAAACCUAUUAAUACUAUUGAUAAUAUAUUGAAUAAAUCAACUUCUUUAUAUACUAAUUUAAUGAAAAAUACUACACUACAAGACGAAAAACAGCUGGGAAAUAAUUUUACUUUUAAGAGUGACGAUAUGAAGUUAAAUUUAUUAUCAUACUCAAAGAAUGACUAUCUGAAAAAUAGAGUUGCUACUAACAAAUCGGCUGUAGAAAGUAAUCAUAAAUAUAUUUUACCUCCUGUAUCCAGUAAUUCAAUAUUAGUAUUUAAUAAUUCUAUAGAUAAUACAAGCACAAAUGAAUCUAUUAAACAGAACAAUUUUUUUUCUGAAAGCUUAGCUGAUAUAUAUUUAAAUAUUUCAUCAGAAACAAAAAAUGAAAAUCAAAAUGCUGAAACUUCUGAAAUUUCCGAUCAUAGGAACAAAAAUGAUACUAAUGCAUCAGCAAACCUCAUCAUUAAAUUUUCAGAUAAUAGAUGUAGUGACAUUUGCGAUGAUACACAGAAGUUACAAUUAAAUUUUCCUAAUACUGAAAAUUUUCCAAAUGAUUUACUUUCAGCACAUGUUACUAAAAUUAAUCAACAAAUAAAUAAUAUGUUAGAAAAGUAUGAGAAUAAAUCUUUUGAUCCAUUAAAUCAAAAUAAAUCAUUCAAGAUAAUUCAGUCCAAUACUGAAUAUAUAAUGAAUUCAUUGAAGCCAUUAACUAAUAAUUUUACUCUCAGUAAAUUUUUUCAGUAUUUAAUUUUGAAAAAAGUUGCCCAAUCAUCAAAUUUUUUGGAAGUAAGUAAUAUGGAUGAAAGAUACAAUAUACUUAUUCAAGAGUUACACGAUAUGAAAAAUUGGCUCUUAUGUGAGUCAGAUGAAAUUCUAAUAAAUAAACUAAAAAUAUAUUAUAAUCAACUUGAAAGUGAGACUCAAAAUAUACAAGAAUUGAAUGAACAAUUAAUUAUACUCAAAGAAAAGUAUAACACAACAAUGGAAGAAAAUGCUUAUGCAAAAGAAAAAUUUGUAAAAUUAGCAGAUCAAUGUAAAAAUCGUUCAAAUUCUACUAUGGUGCCCAUAUAUUAUUUUGUACCAAUUAUAUUUGUAUUAUUUUGGAUGUUAAUGGAAAAAAUUUUGUAACAAUCUAGUUAUAAUUACAAUAUUUUAAGUAUGUUUUAAAAACUAAUAAAGUUUUAUAUUACU